CGGGGAUGAGGCCGCUGUCCGGUCCCCCUCGAAGUUCCAACUCCGCCGGUCGUGGCCGGAAGUGGUGGCGACUCCAGGGGGAAGUUGAGGCCCAGGUGGGGGAAGGGGCCGCGCGGGCCGGGCUGGCCUGGCCGGAUACUGCGGCCCCGAGGGCACGGUCUCAGCCCUCGGCCCCCCCCAGCCCUUCCUUCCCCUUUUCGAGUCAGUCUGGGUCCCGUUGCUGCCCCGGGCGGGCUGUGCGUGGCCUUUGAUCAGGCGGGUAAUUACGGGGAUUGUGGCCGGCAGGAGGCCCAUUCAUUCGCCCUUGCGCGGCAGGCGGGGAGGAAGCGCGUCCCCAGGGGGGAAGUGACUGGGCCAAGGUCAGCCACCGCGUGGCUCACGGGGCAGGGCGAAGGCGGGGUCUGGACCCGGUGGCGAUUCCUGAGGCCUCCCUCCCCCGUGCCGAGUGGAUCAGAGUGGAGCCCCGCCCCCCGACUCCCCACCCCGACCUCCAGUCCAGGGAGCUGACCCCAAUUCAUGUGGAUGAGUGCCCCUGGGACCUGCAGAGUCGGACAGAAAAGUGACCCACAGACAGAAGGCACGAGGACCCGGACAUGGAGCUGCGGGAAGAAGCCUGGUCUCCGGGGCCGCUGGAUUCUGAAGACCAGCAGAUGGCGAGUCACGAGAACCCAGUGGACAUCCUUAUCAUGGAUGACGACGACGUCCCCAGCUGGCCUCCCACCAAGCUGUCCCCGCCCCAGUCUGCGCCCCCAGCCGGCCCCCCUCCCCGGCCGCGGCCGCCCGCCCCCUACAUCUGCAACGAGUGUGGCAAGAGCUUUAGCCACUGGUCCAAGCUGACGCGGCACCAGCGCACGCACACCGGGGAGCGGCCCAACGCCUGCGCCGACUGCGGCAAGACCUUCUCGCAGAGCUCACACCUGGUGCAACACCGGCGCAUCCACACGGGCGAGAAGCCCUACGCCUGCCUGGAGUGCGGCAAGCGCUUCAGCUGGAGCUCCAACCUCAUGCAGCACCAGCGCAUCCACACGGGCGAGAAGCCCUACACCUGCCCCGACUGCGGCCGCAGCUUCACGCAGAGCAAGAGCCUGGCCAAGCACCGGCGCUCGCACAGCGGCCUCAAGCCCUUCGUGUGUCCGCGCUGCGGCCGCGGCUUCAGCCAGCCUAAGAGCCUCGCGCGUCACCUGCGGCUGCACCCGGAGCUGUCGGGGCCCGGCGUGGCGGCCAAGGUGCUGGCGGCCAGCGUCCGGCGGGCCAAGGGGCCCGAAGAAGCGGUGGCGGCGGACGGCGAGAUCGCCAUCCCGGUGGGCGACGGCGAGGGCAUCAUCGUGGUGGGCGCGCCGGGCGAGGGGGCGGCGGCCGCGGCAGCCAUGGCGGGAGCAGGGGCCAAGGCCGCGGGGCCCCGGUCGCGGCGCGCCCCGGCCCCCAAGCCGUAUGUGUGUCUGGAGUGCGGGAAGGGCUUCGGGCACGGGGCCGGGCUCCUGGCGCACCAGCGGGCCCAGCACGGGGACGGGCUCGGGGCGGCGGGGGGCGAGGAGCCGGCCCACAUCUGCGUGGAGUGCGGGGAGGGCUUCGUGCAGGGCGCCGCGCUCCGGAGACACAAGAAGAUCCACGCCGUGGGCGCGCCCUCGGUCUGCAGCAGCUGCGGACAGAGCUACUACCGGGCCGGGGGGGAGGAGGACGACGACGACGAGGCCGCGGGCGGGCGGUGCCCCGAGUGCCGCGCUGGGGAGGGCCGGUAGGGGAGGGGCCCGGGGGGGGGCAGGGCCCCUCGGGCUUGGCGGGAACGACCAUGUGCAAGACCCAGAGACCCAGGGAGAAGCGGAUGGGGUGCGAUGGACCCCGCGGCGUCCCGAGCUCCACGCCCUCCUCUGUCCCCGUGCCGUCCACGGGGGGCACUGGGGGGCAUUAGGGCCAGUUCACUUCUCCGCCUCGACUCUGCCCCCCUCAGCCUGGCCCGCCCUUCGUAGGUUCUCGGCCUGCGAGCCGGAGACAGACAAUGGAGAGAACUGUAGAGGCCGAGCGGCUACCAGGCCUCAAGUGGAAGGCCAUUUUCCCUCCUCUUCCUCAGUUGUCCUGGGUGGGGGUGGGGGUGCUGCGAGGAGUGGAGAAACCAGGCCCUUUGCGUUUAGAGGGUCCCAGAGAGGGAAGGGAAAUAGGGGCCCUUUUCUCUUUUAGAGUUUUCUUUUAUUCAGCCCACCUUUUGACUCUCCCCGCCCACCCCAAUCCAUUUUUUUUUUUUCCGGCUUCCGGGUCCCGUCCUUUCUUAGAGCUCGAGUCGUUCCUUCCCCUCCUGGAUUCCGGGUAGCAGAGGUGGCCCCUGUGCCCAGCAGAGCCCCGCAGGAGGCGGGUGCCCGUUUGUCCCAGGCCUGGGCGUGGUGGAGGAAGGGGUGCUAGAACAAUAAAUGGCACUAUCCAAAUG